AUCCAACCCGGAUAUCCCAACAAACUACCACAUAUAUACACACACGCGGUCAUGGCAUCGCAGAAUCACUCGGAUCCCGAUCAGGAUCCGAUCCCCACCCCGGGUCUCGAGCCCUCGAGCAUGGGGCUACACAGCGCGCCCCCGUCGCCGCCGCAGAACCCCACAUGGGGCGACAAAGGCGCCGACGCAGCGAAGCUGUAUAAUGGCGAUGAAGGCGUCCACGAGCUUCCGGAGAAGAUCGCGGAGACGGAAGCGCUGAUGGAAGAGGAAGGCAGGAAAGUUGAGGGGAAGAGUGCGAGGAAGAGGGUUGUUGUUGUGGGGUUGGGCAUGGUUGGGAUUGCGUUUAUCGAGAAACUCCUCAAAUACGAUGUCAGACGGCGAGAGUACGACAUUGUCGUCAUUGGCGAGGAAGAACAUCUUGCGUAUAACCGUGUGGGACUGACGAGCUUCUUCCAACAUCGGAAUGUUGAGGAUCUUUUCCUGAAUCCGAGGGAAUGGUACUCAUCAAUGCCCGAAGGCUCACUGAACUACCACCUCAACACCCUUGUCACCGAAAUCGAUUCAGAGAAAAAAGAAGUAAAGACGUCAAAGGGGGAUGUCGUUCCGUACGAUAUCCUGGUCCUAGCCACGGGAUCCGAUGCGUUGCUUCCCCGACACACCCCCGGACACGAUGCAAAAGGCGUCUUCGUUUACCGAACAAUUGAUGAUCUCCAGCGACUUAUCGACUUCGCAUCAACACGGAAAGGCACUACAGGCGUAACAGUCGGUGGAGGACUACUAGGUCUCGAGGCGGCGAAAGCGAUGAUGGAUCUCGAAGAUUUUGGAAAGGUCAAGCUCAUCGAGCGGAAUCGUUGGGUGCUAAGUAGACAGCUAGACGGCGACGCAGGGGGUAUGGUUGUGGAGCAAGUCACUGCGUUGGGGCUGGACGUCAUGCUCAGCAAGCGCGUGGGCAAGAUUGAAGUGGACGAGAACAAUCAUGUUAAAGGUGUUGUUUUCGAAGACGGAGAGAGCAUGGAGUGCUCAACUAUAUGCUUCGCUAUUGGCAUCAAGGCCCGCGACGAGCUCGCCAGAAGAAGCGGCAUCAAAUGCGCUGAUCGUGGCGGCGGGAUAGUCGUCGCGCCCAACCUAUCCACUUCCAUUCCAGACAUCUAUGCCAUUGGCGAGUGCGCCAGUUGGGAGAACCAAACGUUCGGUCUGAUCGCGCCGGGCGUGGAGAUGGCCGACGUACUAGCCUUUAACCUCACACAAGCCAAAGCGCAUGCGCCGCGGACUUUCAAGCGGCCCGAUCUAAGCACCAAGCUCAAGCUCCUUGGGGUCGAAGUCGCUAGCUUCGGUGACUUCUUUGCGGACCGCGAUGGUCCCAAGGACAUGCCUGGACGAGCCAAGGUCGGAACGACCAAGGAAGGCGAGAAGAGAGAGAAGGUCAAGAACUUGACUGAUGGACCUGCGCCUCCACCUGUUAAAGCGCUGACGUACAAGGAUCCGUUCCAGCAGGUGUACAAGAAAUAUCUUUUUACUAUGGAUGGCAAGUAUUUGCUUGGUGGGAUGAUGAUUGGGGAUACAAAAGACUAUGUCAAGUUGGUGCCGAUGGUGAAGAACCAGAAACCACUAGAGAUCCCACCGAGCGAGUUGAUAGUCGGAGCGUCAAAUGGGGACGAUGAUGGAUCGGAUCUAUCAGACGACACGCAAAUCUGCUCGUGUCACAACGUGACAAAAGGCGACGUGGUGAAGAAUGUGAAGGACGGCACCUGCAAGUCCAUCGGCGACGUCAAGUCGUGCACGAAAGCCGGCACCGGAUGCGGAGGCUGCAUGCCGCUCGUGCAAACCAUCUUCAACAAAACCAUGUCGUCCAUGGGCCAGGAAGUCAAAAACCAUCUGUGCCCGCACUUUGAUUUCUCUCGCGCCGACCUUUUCAAUGUCAUCUACGUAAAGAAGCUGACGGAUUUUGCGUCGGUAAUGAAGGAGUGCGGCAAGGACCCCGAGAGUACAGGGUGCGAAGGGUGCAAACCAACCAUUGGAUCCAUCAUUUCGAGUUUGUUCAACAAGCAUCUCCUAGACGAAUCCCGACGGGGCCUUCAGGACACAAACGACAGAUUUUUGGCAAACAUCCAACGCAAUGGCACAUUCUCCGUCGUCCCGCGUGUUGCGGGUGGAGAAAUCACCCCCGAGAAGCUCAUCAUCAUCGGAACGGUAGCGAAGAAGUACAAUCUCUACUGCAAAAUCACCGGCGGUCAGCGCAUCGAUAUGUUUGGAGCCAAGAAACACGACCUCCUGGCCAUCUGGCAAGACCUGGUGGAUGGAGGCAUGGAAUCUGGACACGCGUACGCCAAAUCGCUGCGAACUGUCAAGAGCUGCGUGGGUACGACAUGGUGCCGCUUCGGUAUCGGCGACAGCGUGGGCAUGGCGGUGCGACUCGAAGAGCGAUACAAGUCGAUCCGCGGCCCGCACAAGUUCAAAGGCGGCGUAUCAGGGUGCGUGCGCGAGUGCGCGGAGGCCCAGAACAAGGACUUUGGACUCAUCGCAACGGAGAAAGGCUUCAACAUAUUCGUAGGAGGCAACGGCGGUGCCAAACCCCGUCACAGCGAGCUUCUCGCAAAGGAUGUACCUCCCGACGAUGUCGUCCCCAUCCUCGACCGCUAUCUCGCUCUGUACAUCCGUACCGCCGACAAGCUCCAGCGCACCGCCCGCUGGAUCGAAAACCUACCCGGAGGCAUCAAAUACCUGCAGCAAGUCAUCCUCGAAGACUCACUCGGCAUCUGCGCCGACCUAGAAAAGCAAAUGCAAGACCUCGUCGGGUCCUUCUUCUGCGAAUGGACCGAAGUGCUCAACUCGCCGCAAAAAAGAGCCCUCUUCUCCCAAUUCGCAAACACGACGGACACAAUGGCACCAGCCAUCGAACCAACCCAAGAGCGCGGCCAACAACGCCCAUCGUACUGGCCAAAAGCCUCGGUAAAACAAGACUUCAAAUCCACACCCUGGACCCAGCUAAGCUGGCAACCGCUGGUGCGCGCAGCAGAGUUCACCGACUCGGCCACGGGCGACUCCAAAGCCAUCAAGCGCGGCGACACGCAACUGGCCGUGUUCAAAGUAAAAGGAGUGUACUACUGCACGCAGCAAAUGUGCCCGCACAAGCGGGCGUUUGUGCUCUCGGACGGCCUGAUCGGCGACGACGCCGCGUCCAACAAACUCUGGGUCUCGUGCCCGUACCACAAGCGCAACUACGAGCUCAAAGGGCCAGACGCCGGGCGCUGCGCCAACGACGACGACGUAAACAUCGCUACGUUUCCCGUCGAGGAGAGGGACGAUGGCUGGCUGUACGUCAAAUUGCCUAGUGUCGAGGAGCUCGAUGGUGUGCUGGGCACCAGCAAGUUUGUCGUCAAGAAGGACGAGACCGAGGAUCCGUUUGUCGAGAUGGAUCGCAAGCUGAGAGAGACGAGUGGCAAAGGGAGGAAGGGCGUCAGGGUUAGCCAUCUUGAAGGCGGGUUGGGCGAGCAGGGGAAAGCCGCGGCGAUAUUGGCCGGGGGCGAGCGAGGCGCUGGCGGGUUGGAUUGGUGA